AGAGGUGCAGCAUAGUCCCAGCCCCGCAGGCGCCUAGACCAAAGAGUGGCGGCGCGGCGGGGGCGGGGCCUUCGACGCACGCUCCCUCCCAGCCCGCCUCCCCGCUCACCCACCUCUCCUCCCCUCUUCCCCCGCCGCCUCGCGUUACCCGCCUGCACGCGGGCCGCCCGUUGCCUUGGCAACCGUCGAGCCGCGUCUUCCUGAGGGAGCUCUGUCAGCCCGCAGAUCCUGUCGCCAGUUCCCCACUGCCCCGCGAUUUUCGCGUGGGCUUAGAGGCGGAGGGACAACAAAAAAUGGCGGAGCGGAGCCAGACGGCGCCUGAGGCAGGCAAUGAUGUGGGAAAUGAUGAUGCCAUUGGAGGGAAUGUGAGCAAAUGUAUGGUGCUUCCAUCUGGAUACUGUGGACAGCCCAAGAAAGGACAUCUUAUCUUUGAUGCUUGCUUUGAAAGUGGUAACCUUGGACGGGUGGACCAGGUCUCUGAAUUUGAGUAUGACUUAUUCAUUAGGCCGGAUACCUGUAAUCCACGCUUCCGAGUCUGGUUCAACUUUACUGUUGAAAACGUGAAAGAAUCACAGGUGAGGGAAGUGUUGGAUAUCUUCAGUGUGGUUUUGAGAGUCAUUUUCAACAUUGUUAACUUCAGUAAAACCAAGAGUCUAUAUAGAGAUGGGAUGGCCCCUAUGGUGAAAUCUACAAGCAGACCCAAAUGGCAAAGGCUGCCACCUAAAAAUGUUUACUACUACCGGUGCCCGGACCAUAGGAAGAAUUACGUGAUGUCCUUUGCAUUUUGUUUUGACCGAGAAGAAGAUAUUUACCAGUUUGCUUACUGCUAUCCAUAUACAUACACGCGCUUUCAGCAUUACCUUGACAACCUGCAAAAGAGAAACAUGGAUUACUUCUUUCGGGAGCAGCUGGGUCAGAGCGUGCAACAGCGGCAGCUUGACCUCCUGACAAUAACCAGCCCCGACAACCUUCGGGAAGGGGCAGAGCAGAAGGUAGUGUUCAUCACAGGACGAGUGCACCCAGGGGAAACACCCUCUUCAUUUGUGUGCCAAGGGAUCAUUGACUUUCUUAUAAGCCAGCACCCUAUUGCCCGUGUCCUACGGGAGCACCUGGUCUUCAAGAUUGCACCAAUGCUCAACCCUGAUGGAGUCUACCUGGGCAAUUACAGGUGCUCUCUAAUGGGGUUUGACCUGAACCGUCACUGGCUGGAUCCUUCUCCGUGGGCCCACCCCACACUGCAUGGAGUGAAACAACUCAUCAUCCAGAUGUACAAUGACCCAAAAACAAGCCUGGAGUUUUAUAUUGACAUCCACGCCCACUCCACCAUGAUGAACGGCUUCAUGUAUGGCAACAUCUUUGAGGAUGAGGAACGGUUCCAGAGGCAGGCCAUUUUCCCCAAGCUCCUGUGCCAGAAUGCCGAGGACUUCUCCUACUCCAGCACAUCCUUUAACCGGGAUGCGGUGAAAGCAGGAACCGGACGUCGCUUCCUCGGGGGGCUUCUGGACCACACUUCCUAUUGCUACACCCUGGAGGUCUCCUUCUAUAGCUACAUCAUUGGAGGCACCACGGCCGCGGUGCCCUACACGGAGGAAGCCUAUAUGAAGCUGGGAAGGAACGUGGCAAGAACGUUUUUGGAUUAUUAUCGGCUGAACCCGCUGGUCGAGAAAGUGGCAAUUCCCAUGCCGAGGCUUCGGAAGGAAAAGCCCCCUCCUUACAAGCACCCACUCCUGCGGGGCCCAGCCAGCAACCACCCCAACGGCAAAGGGGACAAGAAGAGCUCCGUGAACCACAAAGACCCUUCAAACUCUUUUUAAGGACAUGGAGUCCGGGGAGGUCUUGUGGAGACAGGAGCAUGCAUUUUCUGCUGGGGCAUGAAAUUAAUCACCCUUCUCUAGUUUCCAAGAUCAAGGGUACAGGAUAAUGAGUAAGCUAGUGAAAGAGAAGGAAAAAAGGAGAAACCUCACCAUCAAUUUUCCCUUUUACCAAUGGAAAAUCAAUUGUGGGACUUCAGCUUAAGGCUCAGGAACAAAAUAGGAGGCUCAAACCAAGCGAGUACAGAUGCCAUUUCCACAGCACAGAGGUCCUCACAGGAAGAGGACAAGCUACAUGUCCCUUUCAAGAGGUUUGACACAUCUCAGGUCAGUGUUUUUGGAGUCCCUUACCUUCCAACGUUGUAUAACUACCAUAGGCAGUUGCCUUCUAGACUAGGUGAUGGUUGUUCACUGUUCUAGAAAUGCACCGUCCAUACUUGCUGAUCCAAAACAACAUCAAUGACGCCUGCAACCCAAAGACAAAUGUGCUGUUGGGAACAAUAGGACAGAAUUUUUGAAAUCACAGUGGUUUGAGGCACACUGUCACUGUGUCUCUGAGCUGCAUGCAUUCCUGCAAUGACCUGGGUAGUUGAAUUGAAGCUUUAGCUCCAAAGACAAAAGGUAUUGGCCACUCAUUCCAAGAGGUCCAUUGUGGUUCAGAUCUCCAGAUCCUGGCGCCAGAGACCAAACCCUGAAGACAUGGGUAUGGAUGCUCUGCGGUGGGGGAAGGCUGACUGCCAGGUGAGGAAGACGCAGAAGACAGGAGAAUGCCACCCCCUCACCCUCCCCACUCCCACCUGCCGCCAAGCAGAGGGCUGGUAAAAUAAAACCGCAGCAGUAGCAGUUCCCAAGGGGUUGGGGGAGCUAAAUAUUGUACAUUUUUCUAAAGAGUAAAGUGCCUUUGUAUGAUGAAUGGGUCCAGAGGAGUCUGCUCCCUUCCUGUCCGUGAAGCAGGCAGGCUGAGUCACCAUGACAGCCUGCUAAUUAAAAUGACCUCCCGGAAAUGAGGAUUCGGAGAUGGGGAGAGGGAGGGAGGCUCAGGGGAGAUAGGGCCUUUCGCACAAAGCUCCAGUUAAGCCUUCUUUUGCGCUGGGAUGGGGAAUUUUUGAAGUUUGCUGCAAAAAUUGAGAGCAAAGCUCGUUCUCCCUUUGCUUAUUGGUUUUCAGAAAUAAUAACAAAGAGCCAUAUGUUAGUUGGCUACAAAUGUUGUGUUGUAUAUACAGCUUCUCCUCUGGGCUCUUGUUGCCCAGAGGAACACGAAUAAAGUGG